GCAUUCUUUGGCAAAAGUUGCUGCCAUGGCACCCGACUGGCCGCCCUCGCCCCGGGACUUUGAUGGUUCUGCGUACGUCUUCGCACCCGACGACGAAGCGGGCUAUGCGCAGCACUUCCGCGAGCAUGGCUUUGUGGUGGUCGAUGACAUUCUUGAGCCGGAACAGGUGAAGGCGACCAUUGAGGAGAUCUGGAGUAACCGCAGCCUGCUGGGGGGCCAUGAUGGUCUCGAUCCGCAGGAGCCUCGCAGCUGGGACGCAUGGCCCGGUGGAGCGCGGAAUUUCCUGGACUCCCUCAGCCCCUUGGAGGAGGUAGAGACCUGGCGGAAUCGCGUGAAUUGCAAGGUGAACCGAGUCUUUGACGUGCUGUGGGAGGGACUGCCAGAAAUCCUCAGCGAUGAGGAUUCGCCUGACCACGGCACGGGUGCCACCAGUUCAUCCCUAGUGAUGUCGGUGGACCGCGUGGGACUCAUGCGGCCCACCAAGAUGAAGCAUGGAGGAAGGCUCAUUGAGAGGCCUGACUGGCGAACGAGCCGCAAUUGGUUGCAUUGGGAUCAGAACCCAUGGUCCUCGCCCGACUUUCAGGCUAUGCAAGGCUUGUUGAGCCUGGAAGGCAGCCGCAGUUCGGGUGGCUUUGUGACAGUGGUGGGUUUUCAGGAGCACUUCGCACGCUGGGCCCAGGAGCAUCCUGAAGGCAGUAUUCCCAAGCGCACCAGGGACAUGAUCCCCUUCCCAGUGCCCUUGGACGAUGAGAUGCAGGGCCGAAGAUCCAAGAUCUUGGUCCCCAGUGGCGCUUUGUUGGUCUGGGACUCGCGGCUCCCGCACGAGAACUUUCCCAACGAAGGGGAGGACUGGCGCAUCGUUCAGUAUGUCACCUGCAAGCGUUUGAGCUCAGCAGAUCUGGAGGCCCGAGCAAAGGCUUGGCAGGUCGGUCUCAAAACAGGAUUGAUCCCCUUAGCCUUCGCUGAACGCUUCAGCACUUUGGAGCAGAUCAGGCUGGGCAUGUUUUUAGCGCCCCACAGCGACGGCUUGACGCUGGCUCUCAGCGCCGCCGCAGCGCUGGUGCCGGAGCAGCUGGAGGCUGCGGAGAAGUUGCGGCGCGCCUAUCGCCUCAAGCAGACGGCUGAAUUGCCGGAGCAGCUCAAGGAAGCCAUGGCCUUGUUUCGGGAGGCCUUUAAAGUGACCCCGGCGCUGCAGGAGGUCCUACAAUGGGUGGCCAAGGCUGAAAGUAGCUAUUUGCCGUUCUGGAUUCUGUGACGGCAGCGCUAGAGAGAGAAAACCUGGCAUGAG